GGUCACACUAGCAAAUCACCCAAAAGAAAGUUUUGUUUAUUAUUUGUGGCCCCCAUUUCUCCUGCUGGAAUAAUGCUAAAUGCCAAGAUUGGCAAGGUCGGCAAGGUGCUGGUGUGCGGGAUGAAGGGCGUGGGCAAGACGGCGCUGAUCGAGCAGCUGGUCUACGGCCACGUCAAUCCGGAAACGGAACUGCACCCCACCAUUGAGGACAUCUACGUGGCCAGUGUGGACACGGGCAGGGGUGGAGCCCGGGAGACGUUGCGCAUCUACGACACUGCCGGUCUGCAGGGUGAGCAGCAGCAGCUACCACGCCACUACCUCCAGUUCCCGGACGCCUUUGUCCUGGUCUACGAUCCCAUGGAUCCGCGCAGCCUGGACAUGCUGGCCGACAUCAAGACGGACAUCGAGAAGCACAAGGAGAAAAAGGAGAUUCCCGUCGUGGUGCUGGCCAACGUGCGCGCUCGUGCCGCGCCCAAUCCGGUCGAGAAGGUCAUGGACCGCGCCAACAUCUGGUGCCAGCGGGAACGCAUCAAGCACUACACGGUGAAUGCCAUGGAGCGGCCUUCCCUCUACGAGCCCUUCACCUCGCUGUGCGCUCGGCUGCAUCCCGCGCAGACGAAGAGCACCUUCCCCCAGCUGCGGCAGGUCAUGCAGAACCGGCAGAAGAGCGAGGCAUGAUGACCUGAUGACCACGAAGUUUUAGUCUAGUUUUAUUUUAUUGUGGGUGUCUCUGAAACCUCUGAGAAUUUUUAAAAAUGCACUGAAGUAUCAGUGCCUCAGAAUGUUUAAACCUUUUGUUCAGAGUGCACAAGAAGAUUAGGAGAUUUCUCUGACACCCAACCGUACUCAUGUGAAUCAGUUUAGUGUCUACUUGCCUUGUAUCUACCGCUGAGCUUUAAUUAGGGCCAGAGCCCGAGCCACUUGUACUUAUGUCUAUCUGUUUGUGAGUGUCCAAUUGUAUCUAGUAUUUAUUGUAUCUAAAUGUCUCAUCUCAUGGGUA